AUGACAACGCCCGCCGUCCCCUCCCACCCUCUCACCCUCGAUCCCAAGUACGACGACUACGAUUUCCCAACCACCGCCCCUGACGCUCAAUCAGGCCACCCAGGCCACACAACCCCGGAGCAGGAUGCGCAGGUUUACCAGCUGCGGAUCAUGCUGGAGCAGCUCGGCUACACGGAGCGGUUGGAUACCCUGACGCUGCUGAGGUUCCUGCGCGCGAGGAAGUUUGACGUUGAGGCGGCGAAGGCGAUUGCGAGAAAUGGCGGCAAGAGUUCGGAUGGCCGUCCCGUCUACAUCGAAAAACUGGGCAAAAUCGACCUAAACGCCAUGUACAAAAUAACCACAGCGGAUCGCAUGCUGAAAAACCUAGUCUGCGAAUACGAGAAACUCGCCGACCCGCGCCUGCCCGCCUGCUCGCGCAAGGCCGGCAAGCUACUCGAAACCUGCUGCUCGAUCAUGGACCUGAAGGGCGUGGGCAUCACCCGCGUCCCCUCUGUCUACGGCUACGUCAAACAGGCCUCCGCCAUUUCGCAGAACUACUAUCCGGAGCGUCUGGGCAAGCUGUACCUCAUCAACGCGCCGUGGGGGUUCUCCAGCGUCUUCAGCGUCGUCAAGGGCUUCUUGGACCCCGUUACCGUGCAGAAGAUCCAUGUGCUGGGCAGCGGGUAUGAGGCCGAGCUGCUGGCGCAAGUCCCCAAGGAGAACCUGCCGAAAGAGUUUGGCGGCGAGUGUGAGUGUGAGAAUGGCUGUGAGUUUAGCGACAUGGGUCCCUGGCAGGAGAAGGAGUGGGCGAAGGAGCCCAAGUGGGUUACGAAGGCACCUGACGAUACGGCGAAAGAGGAAGCUGAUAAGGAGAAUAAGGGGAAGAAGGGGAGUGAGGGACAGGAAAGGCAGAAGGAGGCGGCGGAGGCGGCGGAGACAGCAGUGAUGCAGAAAGAAACAGAGAAAAAUGAGGCGGACACUGUCAAGCAGAAGAUUAAUGGGGAGGUGACGGCGUAGACCUUUUUUUUUUAAUAUAAAACUUCCCUUCUUUUCUUCUUAUCUUUUUGUGGCUGCUGUCAUGUGCUGUGCGUUCGUUACUUUUUCAUUGUCAUUUUCAUUUACAUUCCUCUUCAUUUUUUUUUCAUUUUUUCAUUUUUUUUUUUUUUUGACUUAACAUAGAGAGUAGCUAACUAGCUGUGUGGCUAUCAAGGUAUAUAUAUUCUGAUGGCAAAUAAUUUCACUUUUUCCUGAGG